UUGAGCAGAGUUGAGAAAUCUUUUUCCAAGAAAACUGAACAGCAUAACCAUCUUUUCCUAGCUAUUAAUCAGUUUGGUUUUGAGAUUAUAUCUUGCACUGCUUGCGCUUUCCAGGGCUUGGUAUGCAAGAUAAUGGAUGAUGCAAAGCGUUGUUCUCAGUAUAUCCGUUGUACUCGUUCUUGUAAUAGCUUUUCGCGCAUUAUAGCAGAAGAUAAGAGGCUGGAAUCGAAGGAGCGGGAGGCGGAGGCAGAGUUGGAGGGAGCUCAUUUUCUUGAUGAGGCGUGCACGAAGAUCUCGGAGUCCGCUGCCUGUCUUGCUUGCCUGCGCACCCAGCGUAGAUCUCUUGCCUCUCGGGGCGCUCAAAUGGUGAAUGCGGGCCUUGAGUCCCUUGACGAGCUGGAUGAGCGGGAACGUCGUGAG